AAGUCCCGGACAACGUAAACUACUGGGCUGCAGUAUAGUGAUGAAUCUUGAACUUCUAGAGUCGUUUGGACAGAGUUAUCCGGAGGAGAACGAUGGUACAUUGGACUCGGGGAGUGUUGCUUUGACUUGUGCAUUUAAUCGUUAUGGCACACUUUUGGCUGUUGGCUGCAAUGAUGGUCGUGUGGCUGUCUGGGACUUUCUGACGCGAGGAGUGGCUAAGACUUACACUAAUCAUGUUCAUUCUAUUUGCUCUUUGAGCUGGAGUCGAAAUGGGAAGCUUUUGUUGAGCUCCGGCACUGACUUCACUGUGUGUGUGACAGAUGUGUUAACAGGUGACUUGGUUGUUCAGUAUCGUUUUCCAUCAGUUGUCAGCAAAGUGCAAUUUCAUCCACGAAACAACUGCAUAUUUUUGGCUUGUCCAAUGAAACAUUCUCCAGUUGUAGUCGAUAUUGCAAAAGGUGAUCAUCGCAUAGCUCCUACUAAUGGCGAGCCUGAGUUGAACAUGACUGCGUCUUAUGAUCGGAAAGGAGGACGGGUAUAUGUUGGAAACUCAAAGGGAUUGAUUACAGUCCUGGAUUCUGUCACACUUGAGAGUUUGACAAGUUUUCGAAUUACAACUGGUGCCAACACAUCAACAACUGUAAGAUCAAUAGAAUUUGCAAGGAGGGGAGAUCAUUUUUUAGUGAAUUCAUCUGAUCGUAUCAUUCGAGUGUUUGACAGUGAUGAUGUAUUGAAAUCUCGAAAGGAGAACAGAGAGCCUGAAUGCAUCCAGAGGCUGCAAGACCUUGUGAACAGAACACAAUGGAAAAAAUGCUGUUUUUCUGGUGACGGGGAGUACAUUGUAGCUGGCUCAGCACGUCAACACGCAUUGAACAUCUGGGACAAAGCCAGUGGUAGCCUCGUGAAGAUACUUCAGGGAAUGAAGGGAGAACUGUUGUUAGACGUGGUGUGGCAUCCCAUCAGACCAAUCAUUACUUCUGUUUCAAGUGGAGUCGUAACCAUUUGGUCUCAUAAUCAAGUGGAAAACUGGAGUGCUUUUGCACCUGAUUUUACAGAACUUGAAGAGAACAAGGAGUAUGAUGAGCAUGAAUCAGAGUUUGAUGUUGAAGAUGAGGACAAAUCUGUUGAGAAUAUGUCUGAUAGAGAGGCAGAAGAUGAAGAAAUUGAUGUUGUAACUGUAGAAACAGUCCCUGCUCUUGUCAGCAGUGAAGAUGAAGGUGAAGAAGGGCUUUCUUACCUUCCUAUUGCUCCUGAAGUUGAUGAACCUGAAGAAAUUGGACUAGGACAGCUUGAACCUGAUGUUGACAACAAAAGUGGAGCCAGUUUGACAGGACUACCCGUGGCUCUAACAGAGGGUGGUGAACUAUUGAGUUCUCCAAAGAAGAAGGCAAGGACUGUGUGCAUUGCUGUUGAUGGGUGUAAUCCAACUGAGAUGCAAGCAGCUGUUGAACCAAAUAAAGGUACUUCUCUGUGUUGAAAAUUUAUGGAAUAAUGGAGAAUUUGUAGUUGAAACUCAUGUCUGCAUUUGCAAUAUAAUAAUAAUAACAAAAAAGCCUCUAUAGCCUAGUGGUUAGAGUUCUGGUACUCUGACCAUGAUUGCCUGAGUUCAAUCCCGGGUGGCGACAGCAAUAUAAUGAAAUGAGUCUGUUGGUUCUUUCUUACUGUCUAUUUGGCUAUGACUGUGAGGGUAGACUUGUUUCCGUCGUUGGGGAGUUUCUGUGAUCUGGCAUUGGGAUCAGUGCUUUCCUGGUAGUCAUUGAUAUCUACUGGGCAUGCUGUUCAGAGCUGGCGAAAUCCUUGUAGUGCACACAAUCAAUGAUUGAUGAGCCAGUUACUAGUGCCAUAUGGAUUACACGGAAACAUGUAUCUCUCUGGGACUUGCCUGCCGGGUUGAUGGGCUUUCAAUUGAGGGUAAAGACCCCUAGAGGUGAUGAUGACAACCGCUGUGGGUUAGCGGUUAGCAGCAAUGACUACCACUCCAUGGUUUGGGGUUCAAACUCCAGUGAUGACAGUCAA